UGGGACAACAAUAUGUCAAGUGAAACUCAUUUUCUGCUGAUCCGAAGAUAUAUUUUGAUGACAUAGAAAGUUUUUCUAGUUUAUUAGACUUUAGGAAACGAUAAUGCCUACAUUCAAGAGAGAAGAGGAGAGGAAUGGCGACUUACGUUCCAGUGUCGUUACGUUGGACCUGUCAGACAAGGGUCUACGAAGAAUCGAGCCAUUACCUGAUGGUGUUUCAGCCCAAACCAUCCUUUACAACCACAACAAUAUAGCAAGGAUUGAAAACUUGCAAUAUUUUGAACACUUACAGCAGUUAUCACUGGCUAACAACCGCUUGGUAGAGAUGACAGGCAUUUCCCAAGCACAGGGUCUAAAGGUUCUGGACCUCAGUAAUAACAGCAUCAUAUCUAUUGAAGGUUUGACUCAUCUCAGGAGCCUUGAAUGGYUGAAUCUAUCAGGGAACAGCAUCAAGAGAAUGCAAAACUUGGAGAAGAACAUCAACCUUUACCACCUUGACCUUUCUGAUAACAGUAUUGUUAAGAUAAGCAGUCUCAGAAACCUCAUGAAGCUGAAGACACUGCUUCUCCAUGGCAACUUGAUAUCAUCACUAAGUAACAUCACAGAAAAUGUGUCUGCAUCAAGUGUUGUUACAUUGUCGCUGGGCGAUAAUGAAAUAAUGGACCUGAAUGAGAUGACAAAUUUGAAGUCCCUCAGCUCGCUUGAACAGCUGUCAAUAGCUGGUAAUCCGUGUCUCUUGUCUUUGUCUAACGUCGUUGGGUUUAAUUACAGACCGUUUAUUCUUGUGAAUUGCCCUAAACUGAGAAACCUUGAUGGUCACUUGAUAUCACAACAGGACAGGCUUGAGUCAGAAAAGUUAAGAAGUGAUGGUAAUCUUAGGACGUUCUCUUCUGGACGGCACCUGCAGUUAGUGAAAUAUCUCACACAAGCUACACCAAUCAGAAACUCCAAGACGCCUACCCCGGCUAUGGACAGCAUAUCAAGGAAUGACGAUAGAUGGUCGGUUCCAGUACAAGAUGAGAGACCAUCUAAACACGGCCAGGAUUUARCAUUGGAGGAUGUCACCAAUUCUGAAAUUGUUGAUGACCAGCUUGUGUCUGAAUCGUGCUACGUUCCAAUCAGUGAUWCACAGAGUAUUAUGUCGUCCGUUACUGGUGAUUUUGAAGACUAUCACGUAGCAGAAAGACCAAAUCAAACGAACGACAGCAAUGGGCAGCAUUAUGAUACUGUUGAUAUUGUUGGAUUACGUGUUAAAACUCCAGAUGAGGAAGGGGAAGAGACUGUCGAUCGGAAAUCCCCUAUUCAAGAAGAUGGCAUGAGCAAUCAAGACGAAUCUAACCAGCCGUUGAUGACAGAGGAAGAAGCUUUUAAGCUCAUYCAUCUAGCGGCAACCAUUAUACAGGCUCGUGUAAGAGGGUUUUUAACUCGUAGAAGACUUGACUUCUAUGAAYAUCGACAUCGCAAAAAAGCAGCAAUCAUUAUCCAAGCUGUUUGGAAAGGAUACUGGACAAGAAUGYACAAUAAAAAAGUAAUAGCCAUACGAAAUGAAAUAAGAAUGAGAAGAUUGACGGCCCACGUCAACUACUUGGCAGGCCUUGUCAUAAAAUGUCAAGACCAGGCAUCGCGUGACAAACGUACCAUGGCAAAGGCUAUCAAGUGUUUGUGGAGCGAACUAGAAAAACAGAACAGCAGAUAUGUUUCCUGGUUACACGCUCAACAGAAUCGAGCUGCAGUUAAAAUCCAGCGACAUUGGCGAGGUUAUAAAGUCAGGAAGUUGUAUCCACGCCCCGCAACUGUCAAUGUGACGUCAUAUMRGAGUAUGGUCUYGAUGUGUCGAGAUAUGCAGGAACAG